UCUGAGCUAGAUUUGCUUCUAAAAGAAGAUUUUCCAGAGAUGAUUGCCUGAAGCCCAAAGACUAAAUCCAUGUCAUGAAGGGUCGGGAGAUCUGGAUUUUGAUGGCCCACCAUGUUAUUACUGCAAAUUGCUCACAUGGUAGAGGGAAGGGGCCUCUCCUUUAUGCCUUUUGAAAUCUGUGAACAGAAACCCAGACUGAAGAUUCCUGGUCGGUGAUCUUAAGGUAGAGAUGGAGAGAAGGGAGACACAGCAGGCCGGUCUUUCCAUGGUGUUAUUGUUGCUGACGCUGCUGCUAGGAACGUGGAAGGAAACCCAGGCUUGGCCUGCCUCUCUUCAAUAUGAUCUCAUCCUUGUGUCCCAGCCAGAACCCAGGGAACCUCUCUACAUGGCCCUUGGCUAUAUAAAUGACCAACUCUUCCUUCACUAUGAUGGGGAAAGUAGAAGGGCAGAGCUGCAAAAACCAUGGAAUGACACAAAGGAAGGGAGGAACGUCUGGGAAAGGGUGACCCGGGACCUUGAGGAGAGGGGGAAAGAGCUGAGAGUGACCCUUCAAGACAUUCUGACCCAGAACAACCAGAGUGACAGCAAUGAUGGCUCUCAUACCCUUCAGGCCACAUUGGGGUGUGAGCUCCAGGGGAACAAUAGCACCAGAGGGUUCUGGAGGUUCCGAUUUGAUGGGCAAGACUUCCUCACCUUCCACCGAGAGACACUCAGCUGGACUGCAGCCCAUCCAGUGGCUAAGAAAAUUAAGGAAAAAUGGGAGGACCGGUUCCAAAUGAAAUUCCCUGAGGUCCGUGAGGAGGAAUACUGUUCUAUUCAGCUCCAGAGAUACUUGGCAUCUUGGAAGGGGAUCUUGGAGAGGACAGCGCUACCAGCUGAUAUGCUACCUGGACCCAGUCCCUCGUCCCGUGAACCCCUGCAGGUUGAGUUGGUCGUUAUCGGCAUAGGCCUUGUCUUUGCUGUCCUCAUUGUUGUUGGAGCUCAGCUGUGGAGGUGGAUGCGGGCAAAGCCGGAGAUUAGACCUACCAGCAGAAGUGAAUGGAAAUCUGCCCACCCUCUUUUCCCAGGUUUUGGUCACUUAAGAGAAACUCAGAGUGUGGUGUAGACAAGCCUUGGAAUCAGGAGAGGAGGGUUUGUAUCGAAGCUUCAAUACUUACUAGCAGUAUACUUGUGGGAAAUUCACUUUAUCCUUUGGAGCCUCAGUUUCCUUGUGUGAAUAACCUGAGGAGGAAUACCUGUGCUACAAGGUGAUUGUGAUCAAAGAAUUUUGUGAACCUUGAAACACUAUCAAAAUGUAGAGGCAAUUGAUGAUGCUAGUGAGAAAGGCAGGCUAAACUGCCAGUGUCUCCCACCCCUGUGGAAUGGGGGAUUGAGAACAAUUUGUUCCAAUGGCCGCAAAGGCAGCUAAAGCAGACAUUGUGGGAGGGCUUAGAGCUUGACUGGAAAUCGAAGAUGCCCAGGUCAUCUACUGUAUCUUGGGCCAUCACCAGUACUCCCAACUUUUGUCUUUCCACUGGACUUUGAUGACUCUGGAA